GCAGACAUUGCGGCGAACGAGAUGGUGUUUUUCGUGUGCGAAGGAUGCAACGAGACGCUCAAGAAGAACAAAGUGGACGCGCAUGCUGCUCGCUGUAAGAACUGCUGGGCCGUGACAUGCGUAGACUGCCAAGUCGUGUUCAAGGGAAAUGACUACGCGGCGCACACGACAUGCAUUUCCGAAGCCCAGAAGUACGAAGGGGCGUUAUACCAAGGACCGAAGCUGUCCAAGCAGGCCAAGAAGAACCCGCAGGAAAAGUGGAUGGACUUGGUUCAGUCCAGCACCGCCCCUGAUCCAAAGGUCAAUCAGGCGUUGCAGCGCAUUGCAGGCUAUGACAACGUGCCGCGGAAGAAGCCCAAAUUUCUCAACUUUGUCAAGAACAGCAUUGGCUUCACCGGCGUCGAAGACCAGCUGUGGACAUUUUUGGAAACAGAAUUCAACAAGCUCAAAGACACAGAGGCGGCGGCGAAGCGGCCAGCAGAGGAUGCCACGGUAGACAAACCCCUCGCCAAGAGAGCCAAGGAAGGCGGCGAUGGCGACAGCAAUGGCCUCAGUGCCCUCGCAUCCCACGUGAAAGGAUAUUUGAGCCAGAACGCGACCGCAGUCACCACUCUCCCCGCAGUUGAGUUAACCUCUGACGAAAAGAAGUGGGUUAAGGUGCUCAAGAGCCUUGUCAAAGCCGCCGAUGGGCAAAAGCUAGGCAAGAAGGCCCUGCUUAAAGCGGCGACCGCCAAGAUCACGACCAAGUACCCUGACCUCGUCACAGACGACCUGAAGGGGGCCUUCAAGAACGCAGUGAAGAAAGCACCUUGCUUCACCCAAGAUGGCGAUUACAUUGUCCUAAAAAUAUGAUCAGAUACGAUGGAGGGCGUGGAAAUGGGGGGGUGGGUCCAAACUAUUUACAGGUCUUGUGGACCCCCUCAAAUAGAACGGAACUACUUUUUUUAAAUCAUAAAUUUAUAUUGCCCUCAG